UGUCGGACCGCGAGUGGCGCUUUCCCGGAAGCGACCUUUUGGCUGUCAGAGGGGCAAUGGCCGCCGCGGUGAUUGGAGCUUCCGCGCGCGUUUUGCGCCCAGCGAACUGGUUUAUGGGGACUUGGCAGACACAGAUUAGAGACACCCACCAGCGAGCUACUUUGUUGUCCUUCUGGGAACUCAUUCCCACGAGAGCAGAACCACUGAAAAAGAAGAAGAAAGUAGAUCCUAAAAAAGACCAAGCAGCAAAGGACCGUUUGAAAAAGAGGAUCCGAAAAUUAGAAAAGGCUAGUCAGGAGCUAAUUCCUAUUGAAGAUUUCAUUACCCCUGUGAAGUUCUUGGAUAAAGAGAGACAACGGCCCCAGGUGGAACUCCCUUUUGAGGAGAGUGAACGGAGAGCUCUGCUUCUGAAGAAGUGGUCUCUGUACAAGCAACAAGAGCAUCAGAUGGAGAGGGAUGCCAUUAGGUCAAUGCUUGAGGCCCAGCAGGAAGCUCUACGGGAACUGCAGCUCACAUCCCCAGAACUCCAUGUGGAAGCCAUCAAGAGGGACCCCAACCUGUUCCCUUUUGAGAGGGAAGGGCCAGAUUACACACCACCAGUCUCCAACUAUCAGCCUCCUGAAGGCAGGUACCAUGACAUCACCAAGGUGUACACACAGGUAGAGUUCAAGAGAUAGAAUUGUAGACAACUGUCCCCAGAACAUGUGUUCUGUAGAGCCAGAAUGACCAGAGUUCAAGCCUGCUUGCCAGACACUCUGAUAUAUGAUGAAUAAAUACAAGCUUAAUUGUC